AAAAAGUUAAAGUACAAACAAAAGGGGAACAGCAGGGGGUCCCCAGUUGCAGGCAAAUACACACUUGUAUGAGCGUAUCUUGCAGAAGUGGGUGACAGCUGCCCCGGUGGGGACUUAUGCCCCGCCUCUUACACCCCUUCCCUCUCCAGAUGUUCCUAUAUAGUGGCCAAGGAAGGCACAGGGGCAGUUGCCAUCCUGUGCUGUGGGAACUCUCGCCCUCCCUCCCACACCCCCCCCGCCAUAAGAGCCUGAUACGUCACUGUCGUGCUCCUGAUUUCAAUCAUUCUAACAUAGUAUAGUUGUUUAUGUUUUGGCUUUGUCAUAUUGAUACAUGUUACUUUAACCUCUAAUUUGAAGAUAAACCAACCUUGGUUGAAACAAAAGUAACUUCAGUUUGUCUCCCCAGGGCAUUUAGUCAUAAUUCUGUAUACAGACUCCAUCUCUUAUAUGCCUGAAAUUGAAGUUGUGAAACACGUCAAGAAAAUAAGUUGGAGGGAUAAAUGGCAUUUAGGCCUAUAUUGAAAGAAAGAUUCGCAACACCUAGUUAACCAAGCCGUAUCUCGCGUCGAUGCUGAAUAAUGACAGUUCUUCUCUUAAGUUACUUGCACGAAGGCGUAAAAGUGGGUAAAAGGGUAACUCAUGACUGGUGACAGUUGACACUUAACCGGCUUUAGACAAAGUAGAAAUAUUAAAACUAUUUUACACAAAAACGAAAAAGAAUGCAAUAGUUGUGAAAGAGAAUCCCGUGUCAGCAUUGAAAACCAUACGCGAACUUGCAUACAUGUUGAGAAAAAUUAACGCUUCUUUGCUGAAUUUGGGCGCACAGGGAAGCCAAUAUUUGCUUCACGCCUAUCCCAGUCGUGACCAGUUAUCCGACGUUACGUUGGUUCACCCCAGGACAUGCGUAAUGGAUUGAGCGAACAAGUGUUUGGAUCAGUGAAAAAAGAUCCAGAUCCUACAGGCUACAAUACCGAGGUAAUGAGAUAGUCAUCCAACUUUGACGUAGUUUCUUUAGCGCCUUUUCAUGUGAACACAAGAACUCCAACUUUGUUUGCGUCAUUUCAUUUGAACCCAUUAACAAUAGCUAGGGAUAAGGGUUUCAGCAGUUAAACGUCGCAAGUGCAUGUAUAAUCCUCGGCAAGGAGGUUCAGAAAAUCAAUGUCACCAUCGAUCAUUUGGCUGUGAGAUCUCUGGGUAGAUUUUGACGUGACGGUCGUCAUCGCAGUCUCUUUCCUUGUCGUGACUUCUAAUGCCUACAGCUAAUAGGUAAUUUAGUCAGGGCGUCUGCGAAUUGACUCCUGUUUUAUCACACGCUCAGUGAUUUCGAAUUAGUUCCCACCGUUGUGUUAAAGCCAAGCACACAGACGAUGCGUGGUCUGACGUGCAGUUUGUCCUGUACCGUACGUGGUUUAGAAUUCUAUUGCAAGUAGCCUGAGUGCACUCGCGUCUGAAGGACGCCAUUAUAUAGCACCAGAACGAGUAAUCAGUCCACACAAAAAAGUUAGGCAGUAUAAUGCCGUGCAUGUUUAGUGCAACGUGUAUUGAAGCUAGCAUAUGGAUUGGUUGAAGAACAGCUAUGGAUAACUUUACCAAAGAUGAUAACUUUUCGUUCGCGUAUGCGUGUCCUAAUGACGUCGUUUGUCUGCUAGAAGUGACGGUCGUCAUCGCAGUCUCCUUCCUUGUCGUGACUUCUAACAUUACAAGUCUGGUGGUUCUGGUGUCGACACCGUCUUUUCGCAACGGCCACGGGUAUCUGUUGAUGUCUCUGAGCGUGGCGGACCUCCUUGUGGGUGGUGUGGCUGUCCUAUCGAUCUAUCCGUCUGCCGACUUCCAAGAUACGGCCUACACCUGGCCUUAUGGCGACACGGUCUGUCUCAUUGCGGCCUACGCCGGUCAGCUUGCGCUGAUAAACUCGGGCCUGGCUUUACUGGCCCUCAGCAUCGAGCGGUAUAUUGCUGUGGCCCACCCUCUGAAAUAUGCCAGUCUGGUGACCAAGAAGACUGUGUCCAUCGUCAUCACGGUGUGCUGGAUUGUAAGCGCCUCCGUGUUCAUUACCAUCCUCCUCGGUAUCCUCCCUCACUCCUACGCCCCGCAGUUUUACAUCUGCCAGUCGGUGUACGCGAUGACGUCGUUACUCAGUCUAGUGCCGACUUUCGCUGCUGUGCUCCCGUGCUUCAUCAUCAUGCUUGUCACAUCGGCAAUAGUUGGCCGAAAGUUAAAGGAGAGCGCCCGCCGACGAGCUGCCAUGGCCCCAGCCAUACCAGAAUCAUCCAAUUCGUCCGGGGGUACCGCUCAAAACUCCAUCAAACUCUACCGCACGGUCAGGAUAAUGAUGAUUGCUAUAUGUUUUCAUUUGUGUCCAUUUCUGAUUGUACGCUUUUUAACCAUUUUCCAUGAAGAGAGUGUCCCCCAGGUGAUAUCCUUCGCCGCAUACUGGUGGAUGAUCUCCAACAGUUUAGUAAACACGGUAAUUUAUUACAUUAAAAACACCAAAUACCGAGACAGGGUGCACGAACUCGCCGCCAAACUUGUCCCCAGUUGUUUUCGUGACCUCGAAGGAAGACUACCCUGCACCUGUUGGUGUUCCAGAAGCCGUAAUACGCUGCCGUAUUCGUGCGGAAGUUCUGGAGGUUCUGGAAGACCAAACGUAGAACUUAUUGUAGUCAAGACCGAAGAACUUCAAGACACGGUCAGCCCAUUCAGAAAAAUUUAACUGACUGAGCACCAGUUCUGAUCAUCUGUCAAUGAAGGGUAUUCAUGGAUCCACUUGUUGUAUGACGUGGUUCAAGUCAAUCCAAGUUUAAUGUCAAUACACGAAAGAUGCAAAAACCAGUUGUUUUCAUUGUAUUUUCCAGCCUGAUUGAUAUGUAGUUUUUGUUGAUUCCGCGCAAAAGUAACACUGACGACACUGAACUCACAAGUGGUGUAUGUGUACAUUUCGUGAACUUUAAAUACGUGAAGGUAUGCGCUGGCAGUGCGGCGAUUCACAAAAGUGCACCUCCAAGAGUUUUAGUGCGUUGGCUAAUCCCAAAAUGCGACAUCUGUCGACCCAAUACGCGUUUGGAAAUGGUUGGCAAAUUCCGCACGUUGGAAUUGGCCAAAGCGUUGCAAACUUUUGGAGGCACGCUAUUGUGAAUCGCUCGUAUUCGAACCACAGACAUAUAAACACAUAGACGGACAGCUCCUAUUCAAAACAACGGCGGGGUACCUUCGCCGAGACGACAUCCGACUAAAACCAAAAGCGUGGGCAAAUUCAUCCCUUGGUAUCUGCCCCGAGCUGAAGUGCACCAUCAAUCAGCGAAAGAAAGACAGGUGGUUACAAGUACGUUCUUGCACGCAUUCUGCGUAUACGCAAAGACCAAACAUGUCGGAAUAAACUAGUUACGCGUACUCAGCGUGCUCCGCGUCAAACGCGCAUAUACUUGCGCGCCUCAUGGCUUGCCUAUGCAACGAGUACCAAAAAACCACGCCCUCUUUUGUUCCGCUCGGAGCGGAUAGGGGAUUUACACACAGUUGAUAAAUUCUAGCCGUAAAAUGCUAUGAAGCCAUUCUUCCGAUUGUGAAAAACAGCCCUCUGUGUACUAAAUCUGGCUCAUGCAGAUUCGAAACAGUGCGGCUGCAACAAGUUAAAAAAAGGGAGCGUCUUUUUGUAGCACAUGUAACCAAAUACUUGCAAUCUAAGUGCGUCACGCGCAAUGCGCUAUGAACGCGCUGCCAUUCAUCGUUUCCGCGCCCACUGCUUGCCCAUGCUUUUUAUAAUCACAGGACUAGUGGUCUAUGUGUUUAUAGAGUAAUCCGAUUAGACGCCAUAACUGCGGUGGCGCUGCACUCAUGCGCAAAUUCUUCAGCUUGACGCGUGCGUGCAUUUGGCAAAUCAUGACACCCUGUUGGUCGCAGAGGCGUGUAAUGCGCGCGUACUACCUGUCCAUGAGAGUUGUGCUACCGGAGUAUUGGCUUCUAAUUCUGGUGUUCGAAUGAUACUAUAUGUCUGUGAUUCGAGCACCAUGAGGUAAUUUAAAUAUUUUGGUUUUCAGUAACUUUUCACAGAUGAAAACACACUCAUACUGUGGAAAUACGAUUCGGCGAAAACUUUUGAUGGUUUGAACAUAAUUUUCUUUUCAUAUACUUGUGGAAUAUAGUGACUGGUAACUAAAUACUAUUUUAACUCGGGCAAGUAACACAGGUUCCAGUUUCUGAAAAGAAAAAUGUCCUGAGCAUAGUUGCUGGGACAUAUCAGUUCUUAUCAGUUCUUGCAAACGAAAGUUAUGGGAACUGUAAAUUCUCUGCGUAAGGCGCGCAAACAAAACCACUUAGUAUUUGCUCAUGAUGUCGGUUCACGUAUUGCUUCAUUAUUGUGACGAUUGUAGACAUGCGCAGUAUCUAUAGCCCUCUCUUAGUUCAAGAGCACACCUACUCUUUUUCAUAAGUGCAAUUCAAAUUGAUGUGCUCAACCUUGGGGAUUGUAUUAUUAUGUCGAAUGUAUUGAUUUUUUGGUUUUAAAGUUACUAUUGGUAAUCGUUUUGCUUUUAAUGUUGUCCCAUGCAAAACUAUUUAUUUUGCACAAUCCUUUUGUUUAAUUUGCACUUGAAUUUACCGUUCCUGAUUUUUAAUGUACUGUAGCAGGAUCUUAAAACGCAUGCUGUUUUUGCUCAUUGUCAUAUUGUUGUUGUCUAUGUUUAUCAAUUGUUGGUUUUACAUUUAUUCUACACGACAGAAUUAAACUGAAUUACAUUAUGCACACAUUUACUAUGUCACAGUGACGCACAUUCUGAUCAGAACAAACGUGAUUUUUUGCUCAACGCUACUAAUAAUCUGGCUGUCUGAAUUUUAUUCAAUUUUAAUUUUGAAGCAUGGAGCAAAGUUGUAACGAACCGUCUAGUGUGGUCAGAGUUUGUCGUAUGUAUCACUGUUCUCGUUGACGAAGAAUAAAUCAAAGCCAAAACAUGGA